AUGAAGGUGGGCGAUGGAGGAGAAGUCUUCUUUGUGUUCGAGACCGACGCAGACGUGCCCGAAGAGCUCCUGACAUCCCCCGUCAUUUCUCCCUCUUCGUCGCCAUCCUGGGGCCAGGAGGAAGGCGGGGAUGGUGAGCCGGACUACCUUGCUCUGAACGACUCUAAACAGGGUGGCGACAGCAAGCACGGCAGAUCGCCCUCGGAGGGCCCACCAUUCAGAUCACCUUCGGCGGAUCACUUACAUGAGAUGGGCAGCUUCGAUGAUGAGAAUGACCCUGAGGUGAACAGAAGACAACGUGCGAGCACGGCAGCUCCAGAGCCUGUUCCUGGUUCGUUGAAACACCCAGCCACUAUCUCGGAAGGCAUCUCUUCGGCCUCGUUUUCCAACAGCGAUACUGAUCGAACAGACACUUCUGGACCCACAGAGACAGAACCCACAGAGCUCACAGAGCCUACAGAGCCCACAGAGCCCACAGAGCCUCUGGAUCUUGAGCAGAGUCUCCACCGGGCUGCCACUUCUCCCGCCCCUUCGUCCGAGGAGAUUUGGGAGAAGGCCCGUGCACUGUCCAAGAAACUCACAUCAGAAAACAUUCAGAGUAAAAUCUCCGACAACGGAGACAUUAUUCUGGAUAUGACUGGUUACAAGUACGACCACGAGGACGUGAGUCGAUCAGAGGAGCUGGUCAAGAAAAUCCUCGCUGAGGAACUGGGAGAAGACAGAGACCUGUCCCACAUCCUGGUUGAAGACGAGGAGGGUAACCUUGUGAUUCAGAGCGCUGGAGACAGCCACCAUCACGAGCAUAUGAGCUCGCCCGAGUCUCUGGCCCACUCCCCUCAGCCCCUCCCUUCUUCUAACCUUCCGUCUCAGGCCUCGGACAACAAGCACUACGCCAAGACCAUCCGUUUGACGUCUGACCAGCUCAAGUCUCUGGAUCUCAAGCCCGGCAAGAACGAGGUCACCUUUGCUGUCAAUAACGGCAAGACGUCGUGUUCGGCCCAGCUGUUCUACUGGAAGUACGACAUUCCUGUUGUCAUUUCCGACAUUGAUGGCACGAUCACCAAGUCCGAUGCUCUGGGCCAUCUGCUCACCAUGAUGGGCCGAGACUGGACCCACACCGGCGUGGCCAAGCUCUUUUCCGAUAUCAGAGCCAACGGGUAUAAUAUCAUGUAUCUGACAGCACGAUCAGUGGGACAGGCAGAUGCAACCAGGGCAUAUCUAGGCGGUGUUGACCAGUUUGGCUUCAAGCUGCCUCCAGGACCCGUCAUCUUGUCGCCUGAUAGAACCCUGGCGGCUCUCAAGAGAGAGGUGAUUCUUAAGAAACCUGAGGUAUUCAAGAUGGCGUGUCUGCGGGACAUUAAGUCGCUGUUUGGCGAGACCGAAGACGCCACCAAUCCAUUCUACGCUGGAUUUGGCAACCGAAUCACCGACGCGUUGUCGUAUAGAUCUGUCGGUGUGCCGUCGUCUAGAAUCUUCACAAUCAACUCGAACGCCGAGGUCCAUAUGGAGCUGCUUGAACUGGCUGGCUACAAGUCCUCGUAUGUCCACAUUGCCGAUCUUGUCGACCACUUUUUCCCUCCGGAAAGCGAGUUCACGACCAUUCAGGAGGAAAAAUACACGGACGUCAACUACUGGCGAGAUCCCAUUAUUGACCUGUCUGAUCUGACCGACGACGAGCUGACUGACGAUGAUGAGCUCUCCAAGUCGCCCAAGUCGCCCAGAUCUCCUAGAAGCCCGCGGGCCGGUUCGGCAGGCUCCAGCGCGGCUCCCUCAGGCUCGGGCGCCGACCCUGCCGGACCCUCCGAGCCGAAGGACUCCGCGAACCCGUCGAAGUUCAGCUAUAAGAAGGCUCCUACGAACUCUCGAUUCCAGCCCGUUUCGUACGAUCUUGAUCUUGACGACGGAUACGAGUACGACGAUGACGAUGACUAUGAUGACGAUGAGGAGUUUGUGGACGCUGAGAGCGACGCGCUGGAGGAGGAUGACGACGAUGAUGAUGACGUCGACCUAGACAACGACUCUGACCACUCCCCUGUCAAGCCGCCCUCGCAGAUGCAGCGAGUCAUCAACAAGACUAUUGAGGACAACAAGGGCCUGCACAUGGAUGAGGAUGACGUUCAAAAAGCCAUGAAGGCCCUGAAGAUGGAACGAGCAAGCAUCAAUCCUGAGUAA